AUGAAUGGAACCAUCGCUGAUCCAAUGGGUAUCAAAGAUAGCCAUUUGAAUGGAAACUCUGCUAAUUUUAAUGACCCCAAUGUUACCAUCAUUGAAGGUGUCGAACCAAACGAUGUAAGGAGGUUAUACCCGACAAAAAUGGAGGUUAACGAAGUGGGUAAGCUAAAAAGAAACACUUUUGCUUGUGUUCGAUGUCAUUCAUUGAAGCAAAAAUGCGUUCCAUCAGAUGUCAACGAUAUAUACUUAAAACCAUGCCAGAGAUGCUCAAGAAACAAGCAAGUUUGCAAAUUUGACCUUUCUAAAAGAACAAGAAAGAGAAAACCUAAAAACUCAGCGACGCCUUCACGGUCUCCUACACCAUUGUCAGGCUUAAAGAGAGAGCCUUCUAUGGGUGAGCAAUCAACUAAGCUACAGAAGACGCCAAGUCCUGUAAAACCUACUUUAAUGACUAACCAAACAGUGCUCCCAGGGAUCCACCAAAGCUUAUCAGACCUAUGGGGAAAUAUAGGCCAACCUACCUCAAAUUCUGAACCACACUCAUACAAUACUAAUAGCAUGAACACAGGACUCCCCUCUGAGGUCAAUAUAGAAAAUCCCAGUUCCAUCAACUCUAAUAUUCUAAUGAACGAAGCAUUAAGAGAAGGAGCUUUACAAACAUUAAAUAAUGUUCCUAUCAUCUACAGUACUGAUACAUCACCUGCCAACGUUCCUAACUUCCCGGUGACUGGAUUAGAUUCAGUAUACCGACCAUCAGCAAAAAGAUCUAAACAUUCGAACACACACAUGAGCCACGAAUUCAAGAAGAAACUUCAAUCAUUAUUAGUUUAUCAAAAAGGAAAGAUCUUUGAGCUAUCAACUAAAUUCACUACAUGGUCUAAUGAAUGGAAUAAGAUGGCUGAAAAUAGUAUGUUUUUACCCAUAGUCUCAGAUCCAGUCUCUGUGGGGAUUCUUUCAAAGGAAGAGGCUGAACUACGUUUGAAUCUUUACAAGAGCGAAAUAUCUGAACAAUGUAGACUACCGUUCCUUAAGAUUGCUGAUGAGACCACUGUGGAUCAACUACGUUCGGCGAAGCCGGUUUUAUUUUCUGUUAUAAUGUCUAGCGUUUCAGUGGUAAUGUCGCCGUCACAAACAACAAGAGAAACUAUGAUGAAACUGGAUACAUUUGUAUUAAGUCUCGUAAGCAAUCAAAUAUUCAAAGCUAAUAAUAAAACUGUAGAAGUUAUUGAGGCGUUAUUAACAUUAUGCCUGUGGUAUAACUUCCUAGAAUGGUCCAGCAAGACAAGGUAUCAUCUCUUCAAUUAUAUUUGUUGUUGUUUGACGAAGGAUCUAGGUCCAACCUUUGUCAAUAGAUCAUUUGCUAUGUUUAGUGACGAAGAUCCUUGUAAAACUAAGGCUAACUUUAAAAGUCCACUUGAAUUAAGUAAAGAUGGCGCAAGGUUAACUAUUUGGGUUUAUGUUUCGUCUUUGAAUAUAUCGAUCUUCCUGAGACAAUCAAUACAGUCAAGGUACCAUGAAGUGACCGAAAAGGCCUGCAGAGAUAUAGUAGAAGUACAAUCUCAAGAGGAUGGAUUGUAUGACCCAAUGGAGGAUGUAAUGUUAGUGUUGUUUUGCAAACAGAAUCAUAUACUGGAAAAUAUUCAUGUCUAUUUACAUGAAAAGGAUGAACCUCUUGGAUUAGAAGAUGAUGUAGAAUAUAGAGAUAACCAUAUUAGGAAAUUGAUCGAUAAAUUCCAAGAGCAACUAAACGGACUUUUUAAAGAAAUACCAGCUGAUCGUCACAGAGUGCUUUCUUUCCAUUACUCUGUCGAAGCGUACCUCCACCAAUACAAAGUGGCAAGAUAUUUUGCUAAACUCAAUGAGGGAGAAACGAAGACAGAAACUUUACCAGAGGAGAUCGUCGAAGCAUUUACCCAAUGUUAUUCCUGUUGCACAAAUUCUCUAAAGGAAUUUUUGAAGUUGCCACCCAAAUAUAUUGCAUCACUACCAUUGUUUCAUAUGUCAAGAAUUAUAUACACAGUUGGUUUGUUAUUAUUGAAGUUACGUUACUCUGUUGUUGCUAUUCCUUCGUUCCAUCCCUUAAUACCCAUAACUGAAGAUGCAGGUCCUUUAGUAACAAAAGUUACCCGUGUUCUAGAAGAGUGCUCUGAAUUAUUCCCGUUCAAUAAUUUCUUAUACAAAAUCCAAUAUGUGGUGGCCCUAUUUUCUCAAACAUAUGCGAACAAAGUAAAAGAAGUAGCUGAGCGUCACGAAGCUAAUGACAGUUCGAAUUCUAGAAAGCAAUUUAAUUCACAGUUGCUAAGGGAACCAAUUAACGCUUCCAAAAUGACUGAUCCUAAAUUGAAUCCUAUUACUAAUCUACGGAUUCCAAUAGGAAGUGAUGUAAAUAAUUCUAUCCUUAAUGUUCCUGGGGCAGCAAUGUCUGAAAAUGACACCAAUGAACAAAUAAACUCCGCAUUCACUAAUGCCAACGUCAAUUCUAAUAAUAAUGCAAACCUAAGUAAUACUUUAACACCACCUUUGUUCCAACCCUAUGACAAGAACCUCUCAUUGGUUUCAGGAAUGAAAAAUUCUCCCACAGCAUCUAGCGAUAAUCUAAACGAAUACUUGACAGAUAUGAAUUCAUUAGCGUGGGGGUUUAACGCACUUAAUGAUGAAUUUUGGACAGAUCUUUUUCUCGAUGAGUAA